CCCGCCUCCCGCUCCCGGCUCGGCGGGGCCCCGGGGCGGAGCGGGGCCCAGCCCAGCCCGGCCCGCCGAGCCGAGCCGAGCCGCUCGGCCAAGUUGCGCCGCCAGGUCGGGCCGCGGCGGCUCGCCCCUUGCUGGUUGCGGGCAGAGGACCACGGCGGCCCAUGGAGCCCGCCGAGGCGGCGGACGAGCUGUCCCGCCUGCGCGCCCUCUUCCUGGCCUGCGACGCCAGCGGCUCGGGCCGCAUCGAGCGGGAGGACUUCGCGGCGCUCUGCGCCGAGCUGCGGGUGCGGCCGGCCGAGGCCGAGGCCAUCUUCCAGCGCCUCGACAGCGAUCGCGACGGCGCCAUCACCUUCCCCGAGUUCGCCCGCGGCUUCCGCGGCGCCACCCGGCGGCGGCCCGGGGAGCCGGAGGAGGAGGAGGCGGCGGCGGCGGCGACGACGACAUGGACCGCCGAGGGGCUGGAGCAGCCCUGGAGGGACUUCGAGGUGCGGCUCGGGGACGAGGCGAGGUACAUCCCCAGACAAGAGCAAGUCAGUGUUCUGUAUCAGAACAUACACAUAGUGGAACCAAGAUUAAUCCAGCCUUACGAACAUGUCAUUAAGAACUUCAUCCGAGAGAUCAAACUUCAAAGCACAGAGAUGGAAACCUUAGCCGUUGCUGUGAAAAGAGCUCAGGAUAAAGCGGCAGUUCAGCUCAGUGAGCUGGAGGAAGAGAUGGAACAACGCAUACAGGCUGCAGAGCAUAAAGUUAAAAAGGAAGAGAAACGAAAAGCUGAAGAAGCACUAAAUGAACUGAAGCACCAGUAUGAUACCGAAGUUGGAGAUCUUCAGGUGACAAUAAAAAAACUUAAGAAGCUGGAGGAGCAAUCCAAAAAUAUAAAUCACAAGGAAGAUGUGGUUGAACUGAAAAAAAGGAUACAUGAUAUGUUGCUGGAAAAUCAGAAACUUAAGAAAGAUCUUUUAGAAGCACAGACAAAUAUAGCUUUUCUGCAGAGUGAAUUGGAUAGUUUGAAAAGCGAGUAUGCAGAUCAGAGUUUGAACACUGAGAGAGAUCUAGAAAUGAUCCGAGAGUAUACUGAAGACAGAGAUAAUCUGGAAAGACAAAUUGAAAUACUUCAGUCAGCUAAUAGAAAGCUACAUGACAGCAAUGAUGGCUUAAGAAGUGCACUGGAAAACAGUUUGAGCAAGUACAACAGGUCGUUGCGGCUAGCAAAUACCUCACCAGGAAAUACUAUUUCUAGAAACAGUCCCAAAUGUAGUGGUGGACAGUCUCCUCUAAACCCACGGUAUGACAGAUCAUCUCAUUCUUCUUGUGUGGAUGAAGAUUAUGAUUCUUUAGCCCUUUGUGACCCUAUGCAAAGGAUAAACUGUGAGGUUGACAGCUUACCUGAGAGCUGUUUUGACAGUGGUUUGUCUACCCUGAGAGACUCAAAUGAAUACGAUUCAGAAGUGGAAUACAGGCAUCAAAGGAUUUUUCAAAGGUCACAGUGUAUGCAAGAAAGCUUUGGUGGUGAUGCUUCCGAUACUGAUGUUCCAGAGAUUAGGGAUGAAGAAGCAUACAGUCCUGACAACAGCAGUACGGUAUUAGACUGGAAGCCUUCACGACCAGUAAGUCGAAGCAGCUCAAUUGCUUCCACAAGGAAAUAUAUAUCUGCUAUUCCACCUCAGUCAGAUGAAAGAGAAUGUACUCUGAAAUACCCGAGUUCAGCGAAGGCUUACAAGAUAGUUCUUGCUGGAGAUGCAGCAGUGGGAAAAUCCAGUUUCCUUAUGAGACUUUGUAAGAAUGAAUUUCAAGGCAAUACCAGUGCAACCCUGGGUGUGGAUUUUCAAAUGAAAAGACUAGUUGUUGAUGGAGAACCUACAGUGCUACAACUGUGGGACACAGCUGGGCAAGAGAGAUUUCGAAGUAUUGCUAAAUCAUACUUUAGAAGAGCAGAUGGUGUCUUACUGUUAUAUGAUGUAACAUGUGAAAGAAGUUUUCUUAAUGUACGAGAAUGGGUGGAUAUGAUUGAGGAUGCAACUCAUGAGAAUAUUCCAAUUAUGAUGGUGGGAAACAAAGCAGAUCUCCGCCAAGCAGUUACAGAACAAGGACAAAAAUGUGUGCCUAUAAACUACGGAGAAAAGCUGGCCAUGAAUUACAAUGCGCUGUUCUGUGAAACAAGUGCUAAAGACGGUUCUAAUAUUGUCGAAGCAGUUCUUCAUCUUGCUCGUGAAGUGAGAAAACGAAGUGACAAUGAAGAUGAUACGAGGUCAGUAACCAGCCUGGCUGGGACACCUGUCAAAAAAUCGGCACUCACGAAGAACUGUUGUAAUGUUUGAAUGACAGAUUCUUUUUCUGACCUAAAUAACUUACUUGUGUAUUUUUACUGUUUUUUUUUUAAAGGAUAAAUGAAGGAUUUCAAUAAUGUAUUCUUUUUAUUGUGGACUUACACAUUUGUGUAUUUAGAAGCUGCAUAUCAUUGAAAAAAUCCAGCUUCUACUUUCUACUCAUUCACAUUUAUGCACUUGCUUUGUCCUUUAGGCCCUGGUAUUACCUUUCCUAAGUAAUGUAAGUCAAUGAAAUGAGCUCAGAAUCAAUGCUACAAUAUUCAGUACAUACAAUAUUGUAAUAUAUUUUACUUCCUUUUUCUGCUUGUUUCUUCGUGGCGUCAAUAUUUCUUACAUACAAAAUAUGCUAUUGAUAAUGUCACGUGUCACUCAUAGGCAAAGAAAAAAUUCCAGCCUUAAUUAAUUUCAUUUCUUUUUGCUCUCGUCUGCUUAUGUAGUUUUUUGAAGGCCUUAAGUUAUUCCUCCAUGAAACGUUUCCCAGCAAAACUCCAAACCAUUAAAAGGUUUCCUAGUUUCAAGUAAAGCCUAAAUUCAGGGCAGUAAGUGGAAUGGGGUUCCCUUGUGAGUACACAGUGGCAGAUGUAUGGAGUUCUGUUAUAAUUAAACAAAAGUUGGUGAGUUAGAAUUUUAUUUAAUUUUGGGGCUUGGGGUUUGAUUCAAAACUGAGAAAUAGACUUUUGAUUUGAUCCUACAUGGAUUGAAAUAUUUGCAGAGAUCAUCACAGUUCCAAAUUCCAGAGAGACUAUAGUAUCUGUGGUAUGUAGGAUUACUGAGAUGAAUUAAUGACCCAAUACCUACCUGUCUGUUUAGACUUGGUUAUUACUAAUAUUAUAUAGAGAUACAGAUUGUCCUUUCUCCCUGUUUUUCAAAUGUUUUCCAUUCAGACACUAACUGAGGGGUUGUCAUAGUACUGAGGAGUAUGUUUUAACUGAUAUUCUUUAUAAUUUUUUGAAGUUUUAAACCCGCAGGUAAAAGAAUUGCUGCACACGCACAAGCAUCUGUAUCAGCUGUUCAUUAAAAGAAAUCCCUGGAACGAACAGGAACUGCUUAUCUUAAUGAGAACAAUGUUGGCCAAUUUUAAGAAAACUCUGAGAAACUCACUAGUGAGUGGUAGGUCUAGGUGCCAGCAUCUCUGAAAUCUAAGUUGUUACUGCUUAUAGAAGUUCCCAGCAGUCCUGUAUUUUAGUACAAUUUGUAUGUAUUUCUACAAUCAGCAAAUAUGGUCCAAUUUUUCUCAGCUUUCACUAAUUUUAAUUGGAAUGAGAAAGGAACCCUUCUAGACCCAGCUAUUUCAGUCUUUUCUGUGUAUAUUAAGAAAACACCUCCAAGGUGAAACAUGGUUCAUUAAAUCAGCCUUGGAUAAAGUUUUACAGAUAGGAAACCCAUACAACUAGCAGCUGUUACAGGAUUUUAUCAGCGCUAUAUCUGAACACUGUAUAGCUUGUGCUUUGUUACGAGUUUUAUAAAAUGCGGAGUUCUCAGAAAUAGAAUGGUUCAUCACAUUGAAAAAAAUACUGUCUUAAAGUAAGAAGAGCAGUGUUUUAGGCAUCCUUUCAAACCUCUCAUCCAGAGCAGCUAGUCCUUAAGCAACUAACGGAAAGCAUACUCUAAAGAGACAGAAGAAUGUAAUGCCAGAUGAAAUAAGACAUUUUAUUUCACUUUUUCUUCUAGCCUUGUAAGAGAAAAUAUAUCAUCUUCGAAGUAUUGAGGCAAUCUUCACAUGCAGACCUACCUUAUUCCACACGGGAGAUUUCAGGGUUGUAGCAGUCUCCAACCCAGCACUGCAGAAGCCUCACUAUAGUCUUGAGACUUUUCUGGAGUAGGUAGCAGAGACUGAAAGAGAUGUAGGCAUACCAAGACUGUGAUGGGGGCAAAUACAUUGUUUUCUGAGGCGAGAACUACACUUAACAGAGCACAUUGAGGGCCUCUUCUGUGUUUUUGUUAAAAAAAAAAAAAAACACAAUAACAAAACACAACUCCUCUUUCCACAAAGGAAUGAAAUGGAAGUAGAGUACUGAUGGGUUAUACUUCCAGAUGUUCUCUCCUGCAGCAAUAGGGAGAGAGGGAGACAAUCAUGCUCUUGGUUUCUGAAGUGUGAGCUCACAACCUGUAGGCUUUUAUGGAGUAUCUUCCCAGCAUAAAAGGGUCACAAUCAUAAGCUGUUCCUUUCAUUCCAAAGCAUUGCUCUUUCAGUGUUAUUAACUUCUGUUAACUUCCAGGGCUUAGACUGGGGCUCAGUGUUCUACUGUGUGACAGCAGAACCACAGUGUCUGACAGCAUUUGUGGCCUUGGCCUGCAAUAAAUGAGGUGAAAUGUGUUUCCAUAGACCUUGUUGACACACCUGCAUGACCAAUACAUUUUAGUUGGGUACACAGAAUCACAUAAAGUUGUUUGGAAGGAUUUCUGGAAGUGGUUUUGUCCUACUUCCCACUCAAAGCUGGACUGUUGCCAGCUCUAGAUCAGGUUAGCAGUGGCUUUCCAGGAGAAGUUGUGAAAACCCCCAAAGACAGUGAUCCCACCACCUCUUUGGGCAACCUGUUCCCAUGCUUGCCCUCCCCUUCUGGUGAAAAACUUUUCCCCAUGCCCAGCCUGAGUUUCCUAAGUCACAGUUUUUAGCCAUUUCCCUAUUACACUGUCUGCUACUACCAAGAGGAGUUUGGCUAUGUUCUUUGCAACUCCCCUUUUUUUGAGUAGCUGUAGGUUAUUGGAUCACCCAAGGCCUUCUCGUCACCAUUACAAAAUUUGUGAGGUGUUGCUUUCAAAUGCAGGCUCCAGAUCCAUACAGUUAGCAGUGUGUGUGCGUGUGCAGUUAUUGCUUUCUAAGGUUCUUAUCCUAGAGAGUGCCAUGUGAAUGUCCAUGGCUGUAGAGAGCCUCGUUGAAGGAAGUAAUUUCAGGGACCUACCUUCACACCUAUUUUUCUCUCUGCAGGAUUGGGCCAUGGAUAUUUUGGCUUCUUCUCAUUUAUUUUAAUGACCAAAAUUGCUCUCAUGUUAUUUGGCCAAACUUUGUAAAUGAAAUCUCUUUUUUUUAAGCUAUGUAAUUUUUAUUUGUGUCAGAUAAAGCAACUUUAAUUUGAAACAGCAGGGGGUUUAUUUUGCUGCUGUUUUUUAAAAAAGAUUCGGUGUUGAAAACUAUUACCUUGUUAUAGUUUAAUGGUCAACAUUACUAGAAAAAGCACUAUCAAAUUGAAAUGCAGCUGUAGCUCAGCUGGGGCUGUUUUUAGAAAUCCUGCAAUUAUCAGUUGCAUCAAGUCUGAACAUUCCCUUAAUACUAGAUAGAAUGCAUGGUGAAGUAAGAGAACUUGGAAUGAAAUUAUUUGUUUAAAAUUAGAAAUGGAAGCAUCUAUUUAUACAUGGAAAUAAUGAAUUAUAUAAGGCUUUUAUUUGUUUUGCUUUGAAAAGUUACCUUGCCUUCUACCUGAAAUGUAAAACAACAAACAUCAGGUUUAUGCUCUGCCAUGGUUGCACUACUAUACUCUUUUGUUUUUAUGUUUUUGUUUAGUAUUUAAGAACUGUUCACUUAAUUGCACAAAGUUGUUUUGUUAGCUAGUGGAUGUGUUCCCUUAAUACAUGUAUUUAUUCUAAAAGGAAAAGCCUUUUGUGUUUUUCCUGACAAUCUGUAAAUAAGAUUAUUUUUAUUCAGUUGACAUGGAAGUAUUACUUUGUCCUGUAUUGUUUCUGACCCUUUUAAUUGUGGCAUAGUAUGCAUUUUUGAGGCAAUGAUUUCUGUGAGAUACUCCAAAAACAUUCUGAUCACGAGUGUUCUUAUAUCCACCUCGUGCCUGUUCAACAUACAUUAGUGGCUUAAUAAGAUGUGCUGUAACUUCUCUUACUUAAUUGUUCUUAGAAGUACAGUUAUGACCUAGCAUGGUUUAAAUGUUUUUCAAUGUAACUAUCAUUGUAUUGACUGUAAAAUUAUGUUAGCAUAAAUAGUUAUGUUAGCAAAAAUAAAUCACAAUUUUACAUCUGUACAGCCUGUUAAAAUAUAUAUUCCAAGCAAAAUAUCUAUGGGCCACUCCUGCAAGGAGCACUGGGAGGAUGCGCACCCCAGCAGACCCCAUUAAGCUAAAAGGUUCUGCGGCAGUGCAGUGUGGCAGACAGUCUGUUCAUACACAGGUCCUGGUACACAGGUUUUAUUUUUUCCCAGCUUCCUGCUGCGCAACAUGACUAGGGUAACUUUUUUAGUAGAGAAAGUGAAGGAUACCUAAUCCAGCAGAAACCAAAGGGAAAUAUUUAUUCAUAUAGUCAAGGCACUUUAUUAUCUUGGGGGGAAAACUACUUCCAAGAUGUUUUUGAUUGUGUCAGGUAAUCGAAAAGUCAAUUCAGUAUCUCAACUGCAGUUUAAAUGCCUUUAAUGCUAGCCCUGCCAUGUUUGUUACAGUGUGUAUUUCUCACUAUUCGCUAUUUCUCUGAUCCUGUCCAGGCUACUCAUUGACUGCAGUAACUUUUAACAAUGCCAGAGAUUUCAGUAUUUCUCUCCCACUGCAUUACUGAUCAGGCCUAAUUCUUUCUUAUUGGUAUCCUUAGGACUGGUAACAUCAUGACUCAAAGCCAUUUUGUUCCACAUAUCUCAUUAUGUGAGAAAACGCUCAUUAUGGUUAACGAAAAUUCAACACAACCAUGCGGAAUGUAGGUUCAAAUGUGUUACACAGUUUGUAAAAAAUAAGUCCUUUUUCUACAGUUUCAGCCCUUUGAGUUAUAAUUAUAGAUAGCUGGGCAUAAAUGAAAUUAGUCAUUAGGUGGCUGAAUAACAAAUAAACCCCAGCUGUGCAGGUUUCCUAGUGAGUAUAAAGCAAAGUAUUUAAAAUAAAGUGUAUUUUCAUACAUGUAUGGGGAACAAAUUCAGUGAAUGUUGGUUGUCUGUGCCAACUUCUAUUAAAGACUGUAUAUUAUAUAAAUAAGCAGGCUCUAAAGUGCAAAAACUUUUGAAACUUAAUUUAUACUGUUUACAAGUAGAACUGUGGUGUUCAUGCAGUUUGCUCCACCUCAAAGCUACAGAUCACUGCAUUCUCUGUAAUUUUGUACAUAUAUAUGUUUAAAAAACUACCCAUUCUCUGUAUUGCAAAUUGCUGUACAAUAAAAUAUGCUUUAAUAGCCA